AUGGUUAACAACAAAAGACAACAUGAAGAUGAUAAGUCAAAUACAAUAGAUAAAAAGGCAAACGUUAACAAAACCGGGAAGGGAUUAGAUGUUGAACUACAUCCAUUGCUAAAAAAUUUCAAUACACCAUCAACUUUUAAAUCAAAUAAAAAUCCAAUUAAACAAAAUUCCAAAAAAUGGUUUGAUCCAACUGCAUUUAAUCCAUACAUUAACCAAACCAAUUCAAUCCCAAGUCAUAAACCAAAAAAACUUAAUUUCAAUAAUAAAGGUAAAUAUAUUGAAAAAGGUAAUAAAUUUAGGGAAAAUUUAAAAAUUGAAAAUGAAGAAAGAAAAUUACAUGAAGAAUUAGCUGAAAAGGGAUUAAUUCCAGAUAAAUCAGUUGGAGAAGAUUUAUAUCAACCUGAAUAUCCACCUUUAAUUGAAUGGUGGGAUAGACCUUAUUUAAGAGAUAACAAUUACUUGAAAAUAAAUGAUGAUUCAAGAAUAAUACUAGAGAAUGAAGAACAACCAAUAACUAUUUAUAUACAACAUCCAGUAUUAAUCCCGCCAAUAUGGAAUAAUCCCGAACAAAAUCAAUUAAAACCAAUGUUUCUCACAAAGAAAGAACGUAAAAGAAUACGAAAAAAUGAUAGACAAAUAAAACAUAAAGAAAAACAAGAUAGAAUUAAAUUAGGAUUAGAACCACCACCACCACCAAAAGUGAAAUUAUCAAAUUUAAUGAAUGUCUUGACUAAUGAAUCUAUAAGAGAUCCAACAGCAGUUGAAAAUAAAGUUAAACAAGAAAUUGAAGAAAGGUUGCAAAAACAUUUAGCUGAUAAUGAAGCAAGAAAAUUAACAAAAGAUGAAAAAAAUGCUAAAAUAUAUGAAAAACAAGAAAAAGAUCUAGCUAAAGGAAUAUUUUCAACUGUUUAUAAAAUUGAUAAUUUAGAUAAUCCAUCACAUGCUUUUAAAGUUGAUAAGAAUGCAACACAACAUAAUUUAUAUGGAAUAUGUUUAAAAAAUCCUGAAUUUAAUUUGAUAAUUGUGGAAGGUGGUGAGAAAUCAAUUAAACAGUAUAAGAAAUUGUUAAUGAAUAGAAUUAAAUGGGAAGAAGUUAUUAGUAAUGAAGGAGAAGAUGAAGCAAUGAUUGAAACUUCAAACAGUAAUAAAUCUAAUGGUGAUAAUGAUGAUGAUGAUAAUGACACAAAAAACUCUUGUAAAAUAAUUUGGGAAGGUCAAUUACCAGAUGUUAAUUUUCAAAAAUGGAGUAUAAUGUAUUCAAGAAAUGAUGAUGAAGCAAUGAAUGUAUUAAAAAAAUUUAAAUUGGAGAAUUAUUGGAGAUUAGCUAAAACUUAUAAAUCUGAAUAA